GGAGACUGGAGAGAGGUUAUGUUCGUCUUUGUGGGUGUGAACCAACUAUUACAAAUUUCAUUUAAAAUCAAUUUAACUCUGUUGUAGUUGUUAUAAAUUUCGGAUUGGUAAAACACAAAAAUAAUUUUUGACCAUGCCGGCUUAUCAUUCAAGCUUUACUACUUAUGAGAAUUUGGUAGGAAACAUGGCUAUUCUACCCAUUAAAACCCAGUUCCGGGGUCCUGCUCCCAUCAUGGCGAGUAAGGACACAGACAUCAUAGAUGAAGCACUCUAUUACUUCAAAGCAAAUGUCUUCUUUAGGACUUACGAGAUCAAGAACGAGUCGGACCGAGUGCUCAUUUACCUGACUCUCUACUUCACCGAGUGUCUCAAACGGCUGCAGAAAUGCAGCAACAAGAACCAAGGCACACAGGAGAUGUAUGCCUUGGCAAUAUCAAAGUUUGACAUCCCUGGAGAGUCCAAUUUCCCACUCAACUCGGUGUAUGCCAAGCCGAGCAGUCCUACUGAAGCAGAUGUGAUGCGACAGUAUCUUCAGCAACUAAGGCAAGAAGCUGGAGUGCGUGUGUGUGAGAAGGUAUUCAGCACUGAAGACGGCAGACCUUCCAAAUGGUGGCUGUGCUUCUCAAAGAAGAAGUUUAUGGACAAGUCUCUGUCGGGGCCUGGCCAGUGAAAUGUAUUUCCAACUAUUUAUUUAACUACAUUUUUAUAUUUCGUCGUGAAUUUAACCUUAAAGUACCUAUAUGAGUUUCUUAUGUAUAUUAAAGUAUUUUAUUAAACAAGUAUAAGUUA